CAAACAAAAGAAUUGUAUUCUUCUUUUUCUCUCUCGAAAAAAGAAACCCUAAAAUGAGUAGCUUGGAGGAGUCCUUAAGAUCUCUCUCCCUGGACUACCUCAACCUCCUCAUCAAUGGCCAAGCCUUCUCCGAUGUAACUUUCAGCGUGGAAGGUCGGUUAGUCCAUGCCCAUAGGUGUAUUUUAGCAGCAAGGAGUCUUUUCUUCAGGAAAUUGUUUUGCUCACCUGAUCCUCCAUCUGGGUUAGACCCAGCUGGUUCAAGGAUGAACCCAACAGUAGCAGGAUCAAGGACUGGUGUUAUUCUGGUGAGCUCAGUGGGAUAUGAUGUGUUCUUUCUGCUGUUACAGUUCUUGUAUAGUGGUCAAGUUCCUGUUGUGCCUCAAAAGCAUGAGCCGAGGCCUAGCUGUAGUGAAAGAGCGUGUUGGCAUACACAUUGCACCUCGGCCGUUGAUCUUGCUCUCGACACUCUCUCCGCCGCUAGAUACUUUGGUGUUGAACAGCUUGCAGUUCUUACUCAGAAACAAUUGGGCAGUAUGGUCGAGAAGGCCUCAAUUGAAGAUGUGAUAAAAGUACUAAUGGCUUCAAGAAAGCACGACAUGCACCAACUUUGUACUACCUGUUCCCAUCUAGUAGCGAAAUCAGGCCUACCACCAGAAGUUCUCGCCAAGCAUCUUCCCCACGAUGUGGUGGCCAAAAUCGAGGAGCUGCGUUUCAAGUCAUCGCUUGCUCUACGCUCCUUAAUCCCCCAUCACCAUGAUCUCCCUUCGGCCGAUCUCGUGGACCAAAAGAUUCGUAGGAUGAGAAGGGCAUUAGACUCAUCAGAUGUUGAACUAGUCAAGCUCAUGGUCAUGGGAGAGGGUCUGAAUCUUGAUGAAGCAUUGGCUUUACACUAUGCGGUCGAGAAUUGCAGCCGGGAAGUUGUUAAGGCCUUGUUAGAGCUCGGCGCAGCUGAUGUUAACUAUCCGGCCGGUCCAGCUGGUAAAACGCCGCUCCAUAUAGCGGCGGAAAUGGUGUCACCAGAUAUGGUUGCUGUGGUUCUAGACCACCACGCAGACCCUAACGUGAGAACCGUUGAUGGGGUUACCCCUUUGGACAUUCUUCGAACGCUAACCUCUGAUUUCUUGUUCAAAGGUGCGGUGCCGGGGCUAACACAUAUCGAACCGAAUAAGCUUAGGCUAUGUCUUGAGCUUGUUCAAUCCGCUGCUUCGGUUAUAUCGCGUGAAGAAGGGAACGCCAACCCACUAAUGAGUAGUGAUGAACAACAUAAUAACAGUAGGUUGGUUUAUCUCAAUCUCGGUGCUACAGGUUCAACUCAAAUGGACGGUGAUGACGAAUAUAGCAGCCACAACAGGCAAAGAGCAGUGAAUCGACAUGACCCAACUAUGUACCAUCACCCUAAUGACUUCUAGCUUCAAAAAAAAAAAAAAACUCUAUCUCUCUCUAUAUAUAUGACAAUGGAUGUUGAAAGACAGGUGCAUGAAAAACACGCAUGAAUCAUGAGAGAUUAUUGGAUUACAUAUUUUCUUUUGUCAGUCCCUUGCUUUCAAU